AUGGCGGACGAUGAUGAUGGGUUGGUCAUGCCGCCUAAAGCUGAGAAGGAGAAUGGAAGUGUCGGUAAAUCGGGAGGGGUAGGCAUGGGCGUCACAAGACCCAAGCGGCGAUUGAGCAGUCUUCCCACUCUUCCACAUCCCUUCCUCACUACACCUUCCACUGGCAGAGCGCUCUCCACAUCUUCACCGCCAGGUACACCGCCUUACUCUCCAUCGACCUAUCAAGCGCUGCAUAACGGUAUAGCCGCUGGUCCAGCCUCAGCAGCCUUACAUAGGGUCACGCAGACAUCCAACGUACAGACCGCUCAGACGGACGAAAAGUCUUAUUUUGCAGGAACGUUUAGACCUGAACCAAAGAGUGGUGCUCCGACACUUUGGGGCAUAGAGCUCAAAUGGAUCUCCCUCGUCACCCUCGCCCUGCAAAACGCCUUUCUCACCAUCAUCAUGCACUACUCCCGUAUAUCCACUUCACCCAACAAGACCUACUCCGCUUCCUCCGCCGUCCUCCUCAAUGAGCUCUUCAAGGGCUCAAUAUCAAUCCUCUUUGCCUUAAGACGCAUAGACGCUGAACAACUGUCCGCACCGCAUUCCUACUCUGAAAAGGAUCCGAAGAGUACUGAACGAUGUCCGACAUCACGUUUCCCGACCUUUCUCCAUCCUUCUCGCCUGCGUAUACUGUCAAAAGAAGUCUUUUCGACCGAUUGCUACAAGUUGUCCGUCCCAGCCAUCCUUUAUGUUAUCCAGAACAAUCUUCAAUAUGUGGCGGCCUCCAAUCUGGACGUGGCGACGUUUCAAGUCACUUAUCAGAUGAAGAUCCUCACGACGGCCUUCUUCUCCGUCCUCAUGUUGAACAAGCGUUUAUCACGGACCAAAUGGGCAGCUUUGGUCCUCUUAGCACUGGGUGUCGGUAUCGUUCAAAUCCAGAGCAGUUCAGCUCCAUCUCACCAACCUGCCGAUUCUGGAAUUCGAUUGGAGAAAGUAGCCGGGGCACUUCGAUCCGACAUUCCGGAACCGCCCGUGCAAACUCUGACACGAGUCAUGCACCCUUUCAGAGGAUUUCUGGCCGUCACCCUGGCCUGCAUGACGUCUGGUCUCGCUGGAGUCUACUUUGAGUUCAUUCUCAAAGCUUCUUCAGGUACUGGACCGGCACCGGAUCUAUGGGUCAGAAACACUCAAUUGUCCCUCUUCUCACUGUUGCCCGCUUUGGUCCCUAUACUAUUCACCACCAAAGGGCCAGAAGGUGCCGGCUAUGUCGAACGGGUCAUGUCCAAAUUCUCAAACUUUAACGGUUGGGCGAUGGGUACAGUCCUCACACAGACUUUCGGAGGCCUCAUCACGGCCGUUGUUAUUCGCUACUCUGACAAUAUAAUGAAAGGCUUUGCCACCUCACUCUCCAUUGUCAUCUCCUUCCUCGCAUCCGUCAUGUUGUUCGCCUAUCCCAUCACAGCGGCAUUUAUCAUUGGCUCGUCUAUAGUCUUGGCCGCCACCUACCUCUACAAUGCACCGUCCACUCCUUCUACCCGGACCACAGUUGCUGUCACGCCUGGAUCUCCUAUCCCUCCUACUGCUCCUAUAUUGGGUGAACCUGAACCUCCCAGUCGCACAUCUAGCGUCAUCAAUCUCUUGGGUUUGGGAUCAGCUUCCUCCUCUCGCAGAACAUCCGCAACGGAUCUUCGGGCUCAAGCUUCCAGUUUAGGAUUCACAUCCUUUUCGCCUCCACAUUUACAGAACGGGAAUGGUCUCACCCAUAUCUACCCAGCUUCCGCCCCUGGUACACCUUACGCAUCGACCAGUCCCAGUAGCACAAACCUGUACGACAGUGCUCGUUCUAGAAAUCAUGGGUACAGCAGUACCAGUACCUCCAAUGGAUCUUCACCUACUCCAGCCUUUCACGCCGCUCCAAUCAGAAAACAUCAACCUCAACGGAGUGAAAGUCCACUCGAGGUUCCUCCCGGUCGGACACUCAGAGUGGAAACGAAUCUGAAGAGAUGA